AUGUGUAGUGGUUGGCUUAUUGUCAUAUUAGGUCUUGCCAUAGGAAAGUUCAUUCCUAGAUACGUGAAGUUUUCACUAUACGUAGGAGGUUGGUUCAGGAUGCGAAUUGCACUUUCAUUUAUUGAGAAAGGCAUAGUUACCGGAGCAGACAUGCCUGGUGUGAAGAACGUCACUAGAGUUGAUGUGUCAUAUGGAUGGAACGGAGUUGGUGUGUUCAUACCCUGGAUCGUGUUUUUUAUGUUUGAGGAUACCGUGUGUUGUGCUCCAUGGGUCAUCAUACCUUGGGUUGUUCCAAGAUCUAGUCUCGUUCUACUUCCGAGGAUUAUCGUCGUGGGUGCGAGCGUUACUAUUGGCAUCAUGGAUGUAGCCGUUACAGGCAUUACUAUCGGCAUCGGCGUGGGUGUGGGCGUUACAACCAAUACCGUGGAGGUCAUGAUGGGUGUGGUGGGUGUUACAUCGGAUGCUUCAGUUAUCGACGACAAGAAGUCAAUCUCCCUAGAAGUGAUGUUGGUUACAACUAGUCGUUCUCCCAAGUUAGGAAACGAUGGGAUAUGA